ACAACAAUAAUAUAGGUCAUUAUACUGAGUGUUGAGAGUUUUCAGGUCAUCACAGCGAAUGUUUAGGACUUCUAGGUCAUUAUAGCACGCAUCUGGAUCAUCCAGGUCAUAGCAGCUGCUAAUAAAAGGCCCCAGAAUAACACAACAGGUAUCAAGAGCUAUCAAGACACCACAACGAGUGUUGUAGGAUAUCACAACGAGUGUUCUAGCACAUAACGAGUGUUCUAGGAUAUCACAACGAGUGUUCUAGCACAUAAGGAGUGUUCUAGGAUAUCACAACGAGUGUUGUAGGAUAUCACAACGAGUGUUGUAGGAUAUCACGACGAGUGUUCUAGGACAUAACGACGAGUGUUCCAGGACAUAACGAGUGUUCUAGGAUAUCACGACGAGUGUUCUAGGUCAACGAGUGUUCUAGGACAUCAGAACGAGUGUUCUAGGACAUCAGAACGAGUGUUCUAGGACUUCAUAACGAGUGUUCUAGGACAUCACGACGAGUGUUCUAGGACAUCACAACGAGUGUUCUAGGACAUCACAACAAGUGUUCUAGGACAACGAGUGUUCCAGGACAUCACAACGAGUGUUCCAGGACAUCACAGCGAGUGUUCCAGGACAUCACAACGAGUGUUCCAGGACAUCACAACGAGUGUUCCAGGACAUCACAACGAGUGUUCCAGGACAUCACAACGAGUGCUCUAAGACACCACAACGAGUGUUCUAGGACAUCACAACGAGUGUUCUAGGACAUCACAGUGAGUGUUCUAGGACAUAACAACGAGUGUUCUAGGACAUCACAGCGAGUGUUCUAGGACAUCUCAACGAGUACUCAAAACUUCUAGGACAUCACAAUGAGUGUUCCAGGACAUCACAGCAAGUGUUCUAGGACAUCACAGUGAGUGUUCUAGCACAUCUCAACGAGUACUCAAAACUUCUAGGACAUCACAACGAGUGUUCCAGGACAUCACAGCAAGUGUUCUAGGACAUCACAGCUAGUGUUCUAGGACAUCACAACGAGUGUUCUAAGACAUCACAGCGAGUGUUCUAGGACAUCACAGCGAGUGCUGUAGGACAUCACAGCGAGUGUUCUAGGACAUCACAACGAGUAACCAGACCUAGAACAUCACAACAUAUACUCAUAGCUUCUAGGACAUCACAAUAAGUGCUCAAAGCUCCCAGGUCACCACAAAUCAUUAUAUUUUAUGCUAAAUUAUUGCAAGAAGAAAGUCUAAUGUAAACUACGGAAAUUUUAAAUAAGAACUUCACAUCUGGUGGUGUGCAUUUAAGAAGACCUUGUACAGUUUGUAAAGAAGGCAGGAGUCGACAAUGCUUCGUUUGCGUGUGAAAACCAGUUCUGGUGGGCAGUAUCCCAUAACAGAGAGAGUUAGUGGAGAAAGUACCUUACUUGACCUUCUCUCAGCUAUCCAAGAUGUGACAGCAAUUGUUCCACACAGGCAAAAAAUUUUAACAGGAUUUCCACCAAAACCAAUUACUGGGAAUCCUGACACGACUUUGAAUAGCAUAGGAAUCCGGAAUGGAGAAGUGCUAAUAGUUGAAGAAGUUGAUUCAUCAAGUGGCAUGACAUGUAUACCACAAGAAGUAAAGCUACAAACAACACCUUCGACUGAUAAGAGAAUUUCAUCACCAGGCAUCAAGAAUUCACAACUGCCUUCCAUAAUGAGACAGAAAGGCAUCCUUCUUAAGAGAGUUGUUCCCUCUGACAACUCUUGUCUCUUCGCAAGUGUCUAUUAUCUAAUAAAUGGUGGUGAAAUAAUAGGCACAAAACAGAUCCAGGAAAUGCGUCAGCUUGUGGCAUCUGUGAUAAGAAGCCAGCCUGAGGCUUAUGAUGAGGCAGUACUUGAACGAUCCAACAGUAAAUAUUGUGAAUGGAUUGUGAAAGAUACAUCAUGGGGAGGAGCCAUAGAGCUGUCUGUCUUCAGCCAGUAUUAUGAAAUUGAAAUUGUUGCCUUAGAUGCUAAGACUGGUGUUUUGAAUAGAUUUGGCGAAGAUAAGCGGUAUGACUACAGAGUAAUUGUUAUGUAUGAUGGAAUACAUUAUGAUCCCAUCUAUAUGGAAACAUUUGAGGGAGAAAAUAUUUAUAUAUUUCCAAGUAGCGACGACUCUGUGUUAUAUCAGGCCAAGGAAAUGGCAACUGAAGCCAAGCAGAGUGGACAGUUUACAGAUACCAAUGUCUUUCGACUUGAAUGUAAACAGUGUGGUACCAUAAUUGCUGGAGAGGACCAAGCACUUGCUCAUGCUAAAAAGACUGGUCACAGCAAGUUUGAAGAAGUUCAUCGUAAUUGAUGUUAUUUUCUCGAUAGCUCUUUUUAACUAAUAUUCAUUUUUUUUAAAUUUAUGGAUCUCAUGUGUAGAGUUAGUUCAUAACUUUGAAUAGUAGCUUUUAAGACUCCUGUUUUUAAAACAUACUGUAGAAAAACCUUCAUUUUAAUUGACUUCAAUUUAGCAGAUUUUGGAAAUUCAGAUUAAAAAUUGCUGAGUCAGUUGAUUCAGGAUUUUUAUCAGUAGCUUUUAAGAUUCCUGUUUUUAAAGCAUGUUGCAGAAAACCCUCAGUUUAACUGACCUCACUUUAACAGAUUUUGGAAAUAUAGAAUAAAAAUUGCUGAAUCAGUUGAUUCAGAAUCAGUGGACUAAGUGUGUUGGUUAAAGAAUUGACAUAUUGUUGCAAUUACAAAAAAAAUAAUCUGUUAUCUAAAUACCACCACUCACUGGCUACUCUAUUAUAAUGUUGGUUAAAUCAUUGGCUUGCUGUAUAUUGAUGAUAAGUACCGGUGAUUUUUACUGAUGGACCCCAUUUACAGAGUUAUACUUUUUUAAGCUUGCAUAUUGUACAAAGGUGAAUAUUAUGAUAACGAUUAGCAGAGUAGGUUACACUGCACAAUGCUUGCUUAGCAAGCUUAAUGUAAGUUUUUAUAAUUUUUACCAUGAAACCCAUGGGAAAAGUAUUUUCAUUGUAAACUAAAACUUGUAGAUUUCAUCCACCUUUUCAUUUUAUAUUGAGUAAUUGAAUAUGCUAAAAUAUGUAAAUCUUUAAACAUAAUUAUGAAAGAUUAUUACUAAAUGCUUCACUAAUUUACUAAAUGCCUGCACUUUAACCCUUAAACUGUCCAAACGUAGAUCUAUGUUUGCGCACUUAGCGCUCCCAAUGUAGAUUUACAUUUUUUUUUUACACAAGAAACAACGUAAAAUUGGACGUAGAUUUACGUUCGGAGUGCUACGCGUGCAAACGUAGAUCUACGUUUGGACAGUUUAAGGGUUGAAGGAGGUGUUUGGGAUAUUGGCUAUUUGGAGUGACAUCUAAACUGUCGUAUCUGAGCACUUCUGCAAAGACAGUCAGUGGUUAUGCAUGAAUGAUGGUGAGUGUUGAACGAUGAUGAAAGUUUUUUCUUUCUUUUUGGGUCACCCUGCCUUGGUGGGAAAUGGCCAACAUGUUAAAAAAAAAAAGAAAACUUCACUAUCGUACAUUUUUGCUUUCCUGAAGAUGGAAUUUGUAAACUAUUGAAGAUUAAGCCAUGACAUUUUAAGUUAAGUUGUAAUUAUCAAUUUCAAGUUAUAGAAGCAAAGAUAUGUUAAUGACAUUCCAUCCUUUCAAGGAGGAUGCCAUGAUACUGGUGAAGGGCUCUUGAUCCAGUUUGAGCAAGGUAACAUUUUGUGAAGGGAUUCAGGGAAAACUGGUUAGCUGGACUUGAAUGUUGGAGGUGGAAAGUACAGUACCUGCACUCUAAAGGAGGGGUGGGGAUAUUUACAGUUUUGGAAGGGCAUCUGAACUGUAGUAUCUUUGCACCUAUGGCAGUGCACUGAAUGAUGGUGAAAGUGCUUCUUUUUCAGGUCUUCCUACCUCGGUGAGAGAUGGCCGAUGUGAUAAAAAAAUAUAUAUAUAUAUUUCCGGCCAUAAGAUGAGGUUUUUUUCCUAAAUGAAUAUACCCAGUGUUAUACCCCAUGUCUUAAGAAUGCAGGCCACAAAAAAAAAGAAAAAUAGGAAAAUAACUAAAUAGAGGAGAACAGCUGUAAGAUUAUUAGCUCAUGCUAAGCAGGCUCAUCUCAAAUUUAACUUUUCUCAAUUAUAUAUUUGUUCAACCUUCUUAUAAAGCUACCCAAGAUUUUCAGAAUAUAAAAUUAGAGGAUUGUUUUACAUGAUGGUAGAAUUGCUGGUGUCCUUUUUUCCGUUUCAUAAACAUGCAAGAUUUCAGGUACGUCUUGCUACUUCUACUUACACUUAGGUCACACUGCACAUACAUGUACAAGCAUGUAUAUACAUACCCCUCUGGGUUUUCUUCUAUUUUAUUUCUAGUUCUUGUUCUUGUCUAUUUCCUCUUAUCUCCAUGGGGAAGAGGAACAGAAUUCUUCCUCCGUAACCCAUGCAUGUCGUAAGAGGCGACUAAAAUGCCAGGAGCAAGGGGCUAGUAACCCCUUCUCCUGUAUAUAUUACUAAAUUUAAAAGGCGAAACUUUUGUUUUUUCUUUUGGGCCACCCCGCCUCAGUGGGAUAUGGCUGGUGCAUUGAAAGAAGAAGAAAAUUAGAGGAACACUGUAGUAGGCCUACUGCAGCCUGUUUUUAACCCUUUCACUGUUGACUCCCUCCAAAUUUUGUUUUAUCUUUAGAAACUCCCCCCCCCCCCC